GCUACCUCUCCAUUUCCUCUCUGUAUAACUUUCCGUUUCCUUCUUUUUCUCUAUACAGUCGCACGACGAUGGUAGCUUUGCUGCCUCCUAAAGAGGCUAACCUCUUCAAGCUCAUCGUCGUACGGUCCAAAUUGCCUCUAUCUGAUUGUAUAGUUGUUCGUGCAAUUAUUUUGAAGCUUGAGGUUUUGGCUUUAACGUUAGCCAGGGGAUAUCGUUAUUUUUGUUAACCCUUGUCUUGUUUUGAGGAGAUUGUCGGUAGUUUUGGUUAUAAGUAUGUCUUUUAGGGGGUUAGCCCUGUUGCAGAGUGGCAAAGAGGUACCUUUACUGGCAAUUGCCCUUUUGAUGAUACAUGCUAGCCGCCAAUGAUGUGGAUUUUGGAUGGAUUUUUGGGGUGAUGCUUCCUAUGUUACAUUACAUUGUGAAUUCAGUGAUUUGGUUGUUACUUUCAGGGUUUUCUCUUCCAUUAUUUCUUUUGAUUUGUUUGGACAAUUGUGUGGUUUUGUCACUCAAUUAAACACUAAUUCCAAGUAAUAUUGUAACCUGAUACCCUAUAUUGAACCAUAGUCAUGGCCUCUAAGGAACUGACACUUGAUAAGUCUUAUAAAUUGCUGGUAUUUUCAGGGAUUUUUUUUUCUUUUUGAAAAAUUGUAUGGUUUUGACAGCCCAGUUGAACACCAAGUCACCAACUUCAAUCAAUAUUCUAAGGAGUAUGACAAGUGUCCAAUAUUGAACCAUCAUCCCGGCUUCUAAGCUAUAUAUGAACUGACAAUUGGUGAAAUUUAUGAUUAAGCUGCUUUUUCCAUGGGGUUCCUCUUAUUCCUGAAGUGUUGAAAUUGUUAUUUUCCAUAGUGUGGUGCAUUUGAUUACUGUUUAUGGAGCGUUCUUUUCUCUGGUCAUUGUUUUAGUAGUUUUAAGACAACCAACUAUGAUUUUUGAAGGAGACUUAUAAGAUUCACUGGGCUGUGCAAAGCAUCAUCCUGUUUC